AUGUCUCGCAGAACUUCGACCAUGGCGUCGAGCAGUUCCAACAGUGUUCCGCCGUCCGGCGACAGAGGUCAGUUUGCGAUCAUCCUGCGACUCCACGAGGCAUGUGAAACUCACGCCGUACAGGCCAAGAAAAACAGAAAAUGCUUCUUUCUUCCGACCAUGGUCACUUCAGUUUGGUCAAAGCUCUCCAUCUCGCCGAUUUGGUCACUGAACUUAAUGGUGAGCUCUACUCCGAGUAGCUUGAAACUGGGUGUUUUUGGGUUCAUGUCCGUCUUCUCGUCCAUGCGCUACUGCCUUGGAAACCCCUCGGAUUAUGGUUCCUUGUGGGCUGCGCUCGCGUUCAUGCCUUUUGGGUUGUUCUUCGACUUCAUGGAUGGCAAGAUUGCCCGCUGGCGCAAGAAGUCCUCGUUGAUGGGCCAGGAGCUCGACUCGCUCGCUGAUCUGAUUUCUUUCGGUCUCGCCCCCGCUGCCGCCGCAUUCGCGCUCGGAAUCCGCACCUCGCUUGACCAUGUUCUCCUGGCCUUCUUUGUUCUCUGCGGUCUGACUCGCCUGGCUCGCUUCAACGUCACAGUUGCUGUCCUUCCCAAGGACAAGAGUGGAAAAUCGAAGUAUUUUGAGGGUACACCUAUUCCGACUACUUUAUCUAUUGCCGGCCUCAUGGCCUACUGGGUCUCCCAGAGCUGGACACAUGAGAACAUUCCUUUCGGACUCGUGGCCGAGGGCACCAUCUUCGAGUUCCACCCCGUUGUUCUCAUGUUCGUCCUGCACGGCUGCCUGAUGGUCAGCAAGACGAUACACAUCCCCAAGCCGUGA